AUGAGUUUCCAGAGAACCAGCCAAGAAUUCAACUUUCGCCAGUGGAUUGAUGACAUCAAAGCCAAGAGAGAUCCUCAAAAGAUCGCCCAAAAGGUCAAAACACCCUCACCAGAUCCAGACGUCAGGAAGCUUCCCAUUGGGAUUGUGAGGAAGGCACCACUGAAGAAGAUUCCCCAUCUCGAGGGCACUUUCUACGGUCCAUUUCCGCGUCCUCCAGCGCCUGAUCGCCUCACGCAGACGCACGACAAGUUCUUCAUUCCGCACACAAUGACGAAGCGCGCUGAGGGACACUUUGAGAAGAAGAAGACCCAGAAUAGAGGGCUGCGCAGAGCCAGGCUGAUGCACAUGAAGGUUCCUCUGCCGCCGACGAGCGACUGUUCCUCCGACGACAGCAUUGAGCACGUGAAGAGUCUCACUCUGAUCAAGACGCCCUAUUUCGUUAUUCCCACCUUCAGAUUUCAGCCCAGGAGGAAGAAGGAUCGACUGAGGAAUCGCUUCCUCAGCAAGAGUCAACUCAGGCGGAUCAGCAUGCUUCUCUACGACAGAUCGAGGAUUCAGCUGGCCAAAGCCACUGUUGAAGGUGAAAAAACUGCUGCUGCUGCUGAAGAAAUCAGUUCGGACGAGAAUUUGCUCCGCCUGAAGCGACUAAUGCCAUCGCAAUCCUCCAGGCGCAACAAAUACAGAGCCUUCAUCCGGGAGUGCUACAGCGAGAAGCUGAGGGAAUUUGAGGAGACUUACGGUGGUCCUAAAGAGGUGAUUUGCUUCGAAGACUUCAAGGCGACCACCAAAGAUGCCUCAAAGCCCAGCAGUGUUCAGGCACGAGAUGAGGAUUCCGCACAGAAGCCUGAGAAGCUGGAGAGAAAGAGUGCGAGGAGAGUCAAGAUUGGCUACCAACUCUUCAGACCGCCCAGAAUCUUCACCAAGAAGCGUCACACGAGAACAACCAAGUGUGAAUCCAGCCUGGGCGCAUUAUAUUUGGAUCCGCGAUUCAUGGAGAAAUUCAGGAAGCCGAAGAUGUUCACCAGAUCACAGAAGUUUUACACCAGCGUGUUGAGAGAUCGCCCAGAGACGCGCGAUCGUCUCAAUGUGACUUCGCGUGCCUUUGAGGAGGAGCGCUUUGGCUUCCAUGAGAAGUACCUUCAUCGCCUGGCCACGGAAUGGGAUGACAAUUACGUGCAUGAUCUGCGACAUCGUCCGCCAGUGAGGAAGUUUUGCGUGAAAAGUGACAUUCUGGCGUUGCGAGAUGCCACGAGGAAGAUCUUCUCCAUGUACUACACAACUGAGAAUCUGCUGAAUCUCCUGGAGAGACAGAAGGCAGAGGAGGCGGCGAUUAAGGAGGUGGAGGACUUCUCCAAUGUCUGCUCUGACUUCCUAAAGGACGUGAAGAAUGAUUCCUACGACAGAGUGAUCAGGAGGAUGCAAGCUAUGAAGCCACUGCAGCAGAAAACCAGAGAAAUGGGAGCCAAAGUGGAGGAAUUAAGGUAA